UUCCCUCUCUGACGCGCUCCCGGGGGGUGACGUCACCUCCCAUAGCACCGACGGACAACACGCGGAUCCCUGUCUACGUGGCGGGGCGGAAGGAGCGCGUCUAUAGCGGAGAGAGUUGUCAGCAGCGAGACUAACCGAUGAACAUGUCUGACUCCAACCCUCCCAUAUUCCCCCCCGCUCCUCUCUCUGACCCCUCCCACACCGACGCCAACCCCCCAGGAGAAGACACACACACAGCUCUCCCGCCUCCCACACCCAUCCCCCAGCCCUCGUUGGCCACUGAGGGUUCCGAGGGCUCUGAGCCAGCCAACCAGAUGGCAGGAGAGGACGUGACCAGGGACGACAGAGAUGAGCCUCCUAUUGACCAAUCAGGGGACGGCGGCAUGCAGGAUCAGGUGACUGAGUGUGGCCAAUUGGUGAGCCUGGAGGCGGAGACCGCUGCUGCCGAGGGGGAGGAAGAGGAGUCUCUUCAGGUCAAGGGGAAAGGUUGGGGUGGAUGGGGCUCCUGGGGGAAGUCUCUACUGACCAGUGCCACGUCUACUGUGGGUAACAGUCUAACUUCAGUAAAGGAGAAGGCCGGAACUCUGCGUCUUCACAGGACUUCAGUAGGAGAGGAGGUGCGAGAGGAGGGAGAGGAGGAGAGGAAGGAGGGAGGAGAGGAAGAGGAGGAUAGCUGUCCUCAGUCAGCCCUGGUCACUACUCCACCACCAAGCAGAGGAGUACUGUCUACCAUCACACACGCUGGUAAAUCAGUGAUCAGUGGAGGUCUCGAUGCCUUAGAGUUCAUCGGUAAGAGAACCAUGACGGUCCUGGCAGAGACUGACCCUGGUUUCAGGAAGACCAAGAUACUAAUGCAGAGGACUGUCUCACUCAGCCAGAUGCUGAAGGAUGCCAAGGAGAAGGAGAGGGCUCGUCUCAGCUGCCAGCCAAUCAGUGAGCCCACAGCUCACUACGGAAUCCUGUUUGAUGACUACCAGGGCCUAUCACACCUAGAGGCUCUGGAGAUACUGGCCAAUGAGAGUGAGGCUAAGGUUCAGUCGUUCCUCUCCUCCCUGGAAGAGGAGGAUCAGGAGGAGAGAAAGAAAGAACUGAUCGCCAUCAAGGACAUCUUCGUCAGCCACACGGGAGAGGAGGAGGAGGGAGAGGGAGAGGAGAAGAAGGAGGGAGAGGAGAAGAAGGACAGAGGUGAUCUAAGUCCCCAGUGUUCUACUCCUCUGUCAGCUGAUGGGGAGGAGUUUGUGAGUGUUCUGACUGAGUUGCUGUUUGAGCUUCACGUCGCUGCCACCCCAGACAAACUGAACAAGGCCAGGAUGAGAGCGCAUGAUUGGGUGAGGGAGGUGGAGAAACCUGUCAUCGUCACAGAAACCAUCGGGGGGGCGACGGAGGAAAGAGGAGAACCUGAAACAAGAGAGGGAGAUGAAGAGAAGAAAGAGGGGGAGGAGCUAAAGGAGAAGAAAGAGGAGGAGGAGCUAAAGGAGAAGAAAGAGGGGGAGGAGCUAAAGGAGAAGAAAGAGGGGGAGGAGAUAAAGGAGAAUGAGGAAGAGAGACAAUCCAGGUCUGUAGAGGCAGUGUACCUGUGUUCAGUGGGCUCCCUGGCGGAGGUGACAGCCCGCAGUAUCGAACAGCUCCACAAGGUGGCAGAGUUGAUCCUUCACGGACAGGACCUGGAGAAACCUGCCAGAGACCAGGCUCACAUACUCACCAGGUUGACGUGUGCCAUGUGUCGGGAGGUGGGUUGUCUUGCCAGGAAGUUCUCUGGUACUCUGCUCACCGUUGGGGUUCAGAGAAAAGCAGAAGAGUUGAACCCUUUGGUAGACAGUGUGCUGCUUGAGGGUUCUAACAGCACCACAUACAUCCAGAACGCCUUCCAGCUCCUCCUCCCGGUUCUCCAGAUGUCACACAUCCAGACCCAGAGCUCUAGAACCCGCACGGAACCACAGCCCUAACCCUGUCGUAGCCACAGUAAACACACCUCAUACUGCUGAAGUGCUGUUAGCAUACUAGCCAGUCCUAAUGAUGUAACUAUGUACAGGAAGAUAAUGUGAUAUAUAUAUAUAUAAAUAACAGCGAUACGGAAGUCAACUACUAGGUUGCCAUAGUAACAGACUGACUAGGAUAUCUUUAAACUACUAUAUAAUGCAGUAACUUAGUAUAGUUUCAUGUAGGGAAUGUAUUAAUCAUAUUUAUAUAUAUUACUGUUCAGAGGUAAAUCUAAACAUGAUUCAUGUCAACUGGCUAAUUUAACCCGGUGUAUCAGAUUAUGUCUUAUCGUUUUAAAAAGCGAAACACAAAAAAUAGUUUUGUUGUUAGAGUUUGUUUUUAGUGUCACGUAAAACCAGAUCAGUGUAGUGUGUUGUUUAACAGUGGCGUCCAUGAAGCAAAUUAGGGUUCAGUGCUUUUCU